UUCCUGUAAACCCUGGGCCUGGGCGGAGACUGCUACUGGAAGGCUUGUUUCUCUGCUGAUUUCUACCUCUUCCACCCCUGGCGGGUCCUGGACUUCAGGAGUUUAACAAAUGGCGGCGCAAUGCGUGACGAAGGUGGAGCUGAGUAUCUCCUGUGACAAUCUUUUGGAUAAAGAUAUAGGCUCAAAGUCAGACCCUCUAUGUGUAUUGUUACUGAGUACCAGUGGACAGCAGUGGUAUGAGGUUGAACGUACAGAAAGGAUUAAAAAUUGUUUGAAUCCCUCAUUUACCAAAAAAUUUUUAAUUGAUUACUAUUUUGAAGUGGUUCAAAGGCUGAAGUUUGGGAUUUAUGACAUUGAUAACAAAACCAUUGAUUUGAAUGAUGAUGAUUUCUUGGGAGAAUUUGAAGGUACUUUGGGACAAAUUGUCUCCAGUAAGAAGUUAACUCGACCGUUGGUCCUCAAAAAUGGAAAACCUGCAGGAAAAGGGAACAUCACAAUUUCAGCUGAAGAAGUAAAGGAUAACAGAGUGGUCUUAUUUGAAAUUGAAGCAAGAAAACUGGAUAACAAGGAUUUAUUUGGAAAAUCUGAUCCCUACCUGGAAUUUCACAAGCAGACAUCAGAUGGACAGUGGCUAAUGGUACAUAGAACAGAGGUCAUUAAAAACAACUUGAAUCCUGUUUGGAAACCUUUCAAAAUUUCUCUUAACUCUCUGUGCUAUGGAGAUAUGGACAAAACCAUUAAGGUAGAGUGUUAUGAUUAUGAUAGUGAUGGGUCACAUGAUCUCAUUGGAACUUUUCAAACCACUAUGACAAAACUAAAAGAAGCCUCCCGAAACUCUCCCGUUGAAUUUGAAUGCAUAAAUGAAAAAAAGAGGCUGAAGAAGAAAAGCUACAAAAAUUCCGGUAUCAUCAGUGUGAAACGCUGUGAGAUUACAGUGGAAUGCACAUUCCUUGACUACAUCAUGGGAGGAUGUCAGCUGAAUUUUACCGUGGGAGUAGACUUCACUGGCUCAAAUGGUGAUCCGAGGUCUCCUGACUCUCUUCAUUAUAUCAGCCCCAAUGGAGUUAAUGAAUAUUUGACUGCUAUCUGGUCUGUUGGGAUGGUCAUUCAGGAUUAUGAUGCUGAUAAGAUGUUUCCAGCCUUUGGGUUUGGGGCCCAGAUACCUCCCCAGUGGCAGGUAUCACAUGAAUUUCCCCUAAACUUUAACUCAGCAAAUCCCUUCUGUAAUGGAAUACAAGGCAUCAUAGAAGCAUAUCGGACCUGCCUUCCUCAGAUAAGACUUUAUGGGCCAACUAACUUUUCUCCAAUAAUAAAUCACGUGGCCAAGUUUGCUGCUGCAGCCACACAGCAACAGACGGCUUCGCAAUAUUUUGUGCUCCUGAUCAUCACUGAUGGUGUGAUCACAGACCUUGAUCAAACCAGGCAGGCCAUAGUGAAUGCUGCCAAACUCCCAAUGUCCAUCAUCAUUGUUGGUGUUGGAGGGGCAGAUUUCAGUGCGAUGGAGUUUCUUGAUGGUGAUGGCGGAGCCCUGAGGUCCCCAACUGGCGAGACUGCUAUCAGAGACAUUGUUCAGUUUGUUCCUUUCAGACAAUUCCAGAAUGCUCCAAAGGAAGCCCUUGCUCAGUGUGUUCUGGCAGAAGUUCCCCAACAAGUAGUGGGUUACUUUAACACGUAUAAACUCCUCCCUCCGAAGAAUCCUGCUACAAAGUAAUGGAGACAGCUCAGGAGAAUUCCUGUGUGCCAGGUGGAGCUGUGGGUUCAUCAUCUCCCGAAAAUGCAUUCACCAGGGUCGGUUUUUGUGGCCCCUUAUGGUCUCUCUGUGUGUGAUGUGAUUCUUUUUUUUUUUUUUUUUUUUAACAUGGAGCCAUAUCUGUUUAAUGCAUUUCUUUCAGAAUAUCAUUUUUGUAUAUGCUUGUGAUUUCUUUUUGUAAACCUGAAGAGUGAAUGUCUGUAUAAUCAAUUUAGUGACUGGUAAUUGGUAAGAAUUGACUGAGGCAUGGUUGGGUUAGAAAGUGGCAGUAAGAUGAUUUUGCUUUACAUUAAUUGGAUAUGAAUGUGAUGAAGCCAUUUAACUCCCACCCUUGAUCAAGAUAAAGCUGUUUAGCUGAGAUGAGUUGGGGUUACUUUAACUGGUCCUUCUUAUACCUCAUUAUAGCCCAUAGAGUGUCAACUUUCUUCACUUGCCUUUACCCAGUGCUGCAGUCUACAAGCCACAUCGUUAUGUAAAUUAAUGCUUUUGCCUCGAGGGGAAGACACAGACUUACUUUCUUAUUAAACAAUCACCGAAUAGAUACCUGUUAUAGACAAACAAUUCUGUUGACUUUUUUUGGGGGCUCUUUAAAAAUGAUUUUUUUCAUCAUAGAAGAUUCUGAAAAUGAUCAGGUUGAAAGUGGGUCUUGUUCUUAAACUGCUUCGGGCAAAAUGGAAGAUUCUUUAGAAAUUAAGACAAUAGCUUUUGUUCUUAUUGCUGUGGUGCCAGAUCUGCUCUGUUGGUAAGGAGUUCAGCUCAUGUUAGCCUGUGUUUUGUGAGCCUGUUUGAGGCUCACAGGUUUGAGGCUGGUAAAUCAAGUGGUCUGAUGAGAAGUUGACUCAUGAGCCACAAUGAAUUUAGGAACCGGCUUAGUGUCCCCCACUUUCCUGAAAGCCAGAUAAUCUUUCCUUCUUCCUGUAGCUCACUUUACACUUUCUUACGCACCACAUGUUAAUCCGUGCUAGAGGCAAUCACUUUUGUCUCAUUAUGCAAUAUUUUUUAAGAGAGAUUUUCUUGAGGGAAAUAGUGGUUUCCUACCAAUUAACCUAUCAUUUUAUAAGAAUAUUAUUUUUUAGUCACAGGAUGUGUCCUACCUUCAAGCAUAAAAUCUUUUGGAAUUAAAAAAAAUUUGUUUUUGAGUCAUCAACCCCAUUUGAGAAGUCUUUUAAUGUGUAUAUUAUAAGCCUUUGAAGGCUUUGUGGUAAUGGACAGAAAACCAGCCUCAACGCUGAAGAUGCCUGGGUUCGAGUCUCACUUUGGAAAUAUACAGUAUAUGUGACAAAUUGCUUCAACUUUCAGUGCUCUGGGUAGCUCUCUCAGACCAUAUGUUUCAGAGAAGGAGUUAACCUGCACUGGUGAAGGGAGUUUCCUCUAACAACCAAAUCACAGGGCCAGUCUCUAUCUCUAUGUUGUUUUUACUCAAAAUAGAAUCCUCUCCAUUCUGAAGGCUGUUUUUCCAGAAUAUAUUGUGUUAGAGCAUAUUUCCUUUUCGUGAAUUGCUUUGAAAAAAUACCCAACAUCAAAACUCCGGCCAUAUCUAAUACCAUCAACAUAUGUAUAUACAAAAUAGCAUUAAAUCCAUUAACAUAUAUGUAUUUAUAAGCCCAUUAUCAUGUACUUAUACAUAUUAAAAGUGCAACACUGAAAACCAGUAUAUAUUUUACAUGAAAAUAAAGUGUGUGUGUGUGUGUGUGUGUGUGUGUGUGUGUGUUAAUGGUUUUUAGUGUUGGUCCAAAUAUACAUGUAUAAAAAAGGUUAUAUCCUUUAUUCUAGCUUUUUAGUCUUGUUGAAAAGCCUCCAGCACCUGGGUCUAGUUUUAUACACCUUCAUUGCAAUAUGGAAGAGAGGACUAGGGCUUAACAGACCCUGCUUCUUUAAAAUGACUGGACAAUUCAAGCAGAGGUUCUUCUUUCUUACUGCCACGUUGUGUUUGACUGAGUAGACUAGCUGACUGGCCUUGUAGAAUUCCCUGUAAGUCUUAGGGACUGGGCAAACCACUAUUAACCAAUACUCACCUGACUAAUAGUAUCUUACUUCUUGUGGCCUUAUAUCUUGUUGGCAAUCCUUUAUUUAGACUGUAUCCCUGCUGUGGAGUGACUAAUUGGUCAUUCUUUACUGGCUUGGGGCUUGAAUUAUGUGGAAAAUGGCCACCAAUUUUUCUACUUCAUUUAAUCAACAAUCAAUUAACAUUUAUUAAGCACCUAAUAUGUAUCAGACACUGUGCUAAGUGUUGGAGAUGCAAAGGAGAAUGGAACAUUUAAAUGAAACACAGUCAUUUAAAUCACCCAGGUUACAAGGUCAGGGAUACCAUGGAAAAAGCAGAUUUAGACUGUUUCUGUUUCUGUAGCAUUCCUUUACUUGGAAUAUUCCUCUCAAACAAUCUGAUGCCUUUGAGUUCAUGGUCAGAUGCUGCUGAGGCAGAAUAAGGUGUCGUAAGGUAAAUACUUGCCUGUUUUAUGUAUGUAUUGAGUUAAAAGCAUUUACACUUAUAUUUUCAUCACUUUAUGAAAAACAUGUAGUUUCAAUAACCCAACCCCUUUCUCUUGUGCCACAUUUGGAUUGAGUUUUGUAUUUGAAAUAAUCUCUCCUUUUUGCAUUCAUAUUUCUAAAGAGGAUAUUGUGGGAUUGAUUAUAGGGUGUCUUGAGACCAAAUAGAUCGUGUUAUCUUAACAGCUGUGCAAAUAUCCAGAUGAGAAAUAUAUCCCCAGAGCUGUUUCCUGACCAAGGUUUUUGUUUUGAGAAAACUGUACACAAACUAGCCUAGCUAGUUUGUGCCACCUUGUGGUAAAACUUCAGAAAUGAAAUAUUAUUAUGAACUUGGGAAAUGUAAAUCUCAGACCAGUGAUUCUCAGACUUUUAGUUUCAUGGUCCCCCAGCUGGUUUUGAAAGUGAACUUGAUACUCAUACCUUCUUAUUCUGUAUUUUUAAUGCACUUUUCAUAUCUCUUCCUUUACUUAUUUGGAAAUUUAUUUUCUUAAAACAAUAAUAAAAACAAAAAACAAAA